GGAUAUAAAAUUGGAGUAAAUGCACAAAUGGAACGUUAUUUACAAAGGCCCUUGCAGUGGAAUGUGUGUUUGUUACAUUUCAACGAGUUGCCUCUAAAAAAGUUGUUAACGCAUUAUAUUGGCAAGCAGAAAGGACCUGGUGUUUGGCCAGGGGUGUUGGGGUCUGAAAUUAUGACUUGCACCAAAUACCCGGUUGUAAGUGGUUUUGAGGCUAUUGCUAUGGGAGUUAUUCCUGAAAAUAUUGGCUCUUGGGAAUUACGCAAUGAUCAGCGUUAUUUAUUUGAUAUGGUUUUGGCAGUAAAUAAUGGUGAAUGCGAUGAAUAUCUCGCUAGUAAGAGCCCCGGUCCCGUCAGUACAGCUCGGUGGCUUACAACAGGUUCCAGGUUACUUCGGGUAUAUGUUUCCAAAGAAAGCCCGUCAGCGGAGUUGCGAAACAUGGUAGAGUUUGUUGUGAAAGUUUAUGCACCAUUCUGGUUUCUUGUAAAGAGCCAGCCACAAGCAAUUCAUGGAAGUAGACACGUUUUUAAGUAUAUUUGCUGGAUACGCGAACUAUCAAAUGCUGUUCAAGCCAUUAUACGUUCAGCUAUAGAAAAUAAUGCAUAUUAUUUUCACCCAGAAAAUAUAUUAUUAGCCAUGAUAACCGACGCUGAUCCAGAGAUACGUAAUGAUGGGUACGAAAAAAUCAAAACAGCACGUCAAUAUCCACCAGCAGGGCUUCGCGUGUUCAAGGUCCCAAAGCGUGGCGUAAUAAACUUUGAAAGUAAGUCGUAUGUCAGCAUGAUCGAUUGGAGUCAGUUUAAGAUUACGGAACCCCCUUGUGUGCAGUUCUACCCAGAUAGUGAACUUACAAUGUUUCAAUUUUCGGAAAAUGAAGUGAUAAAUAUCCCAGGUAAAUAUCUUCAAACUAAAAACUUCACGGGUCUUAUAGUACUUUUAAAUCAUUUUUUUUUAGAGUUCCUCUGUCAUUCCCAGAAUACCGAACGGUUUGUGCGUGUUGUUAGUGAGUCUGCAAGUGCUGUCACUGAUGAAAAGCGCCUGGGCCACAUUUUUGCAAAAUUAGAAAGCCGAGACCAAUAUAAAAGCCUUGAUUCGCGCCAAAAUUUGCUUAAGUAGCAAUAAAUAUUGUAAGUGAAAUAACUUUUUUGUUGAUUAUUUUAGUAAUAUAGUUUGAAGGCAACAUUUUCUUGAAUUUUUAAGUACU